UUUAAGCCAAAUCCUUUCUAUAAGCCUAGUAUAAGAAAACCGCCAAAUUUAAAACGACAAUGACGUCACAAUUCAGUUGACGUUAACAGUUUCAAAACAAUGCCAAGGUCCGUUCCGAGAAACGAAAAAGUCAUGUUUCUAACUGCGAUUUACGACCAUGGAUGUCGUCUUGAAAUCCCGCCACGAAUGAAAUAUUCCAACGUCAUUGACUCCGAUUCGCUUCCGAAAAGCAGGAAGAAAGGAGAAAACAAAUGCACUAAACCUGAUCCAUCAGUUCACAAUAUACCGCCAUCUCAUUGGCCACCGAAGGACACGCCCAUUUUACCAAUCAGCUCAAGUGCUAACGAGGUGUGGAAUUCUUGUACCAGAGAAUCCCGUCGGAGAAAUUAUCGUCGAACAGAUAACUUAUCUAACAGGGCUUUAGGCGACGGACAGAGAGAAGACCAAGUCCAACUAGAUCCAAAUUUUUCUGCGUCGGACAACUAUGAAGUGAGAAGAAUUCUUCACAAACUUGAACGACUCCCGCCCGACCAAAGAAAACUGGUCAUAGACGACAUUCGUCCGGAAGACUUCAGCUCACAGGAAUACGCAAGGAUCCGGGCUAUAAAUGGGGACAGAGCGAAAGAUUAUCUACAUACAAUAAAGAACGUAUUUGUGGAGAAAGGGUUCGGACAAGCACCAGAAACGGAUGAUCCAGCUGUACUCUCGCGAGAACUCAAACGUCGUACGAGAUUUGCCAUGUUAGGUUAUUGAUACAUGCAGAGGCAUAAAUAACAUGUUAUUUAAAGAUGAUCCUAGACGAAUAUUCAUAGUACUGGAAAGAAUAUUGUAAAUGAGUGUCACAAUGGAAAGAAAACUGAUAACAGAUCUUGGAUUUUUAUACAUUGAAAACUGAUUUGAUGCAAAAAUUUUGGUCACAUUAAGACACAAAUGUACAGAAAUACCUAAUUUUCUACAUGUAUUAAGUAUCAAUUAUAGGAAAGAUUUCAGGUGUAUGUAUUUGGCAAUUUUAAUCACGUGUUCUCCUGUACUGUAAAGAAUGACAAAAUGUGGAUUUAUAUAUGCAUUACUGUUGUCACAUGCAGAAAAUAUUAUCAUCUAUCAUUGUAAGCUUUCACAAACGGAUUGAGAGAGAGAGAGAGAGAGAGAGAGAGAGAGAGAGAGAGA